UGUCACGUGAUAGUAGACCAGCAGACACCUUCACAUAUAAACGCGAAGUUAACAUCUGGUCUUACGAGAUAUUGGGUUUGAUCCUUGUGAAGCAGACAGCCAGGUGUUAUUGUUUAAGCACGACGUGACGAUCUGUUGUCUAUUUGGAAAUUGAAUCGAUCAACACUGUUAAGAUGAAGAUCGUGAUUACCUUGUUAGUUGUAUUACUAGUUGGGACAGACUGUUCCGGUAGGAGAGAGAUUGUGGGACCAACCAAUUUUCCUAUUCGAUGUCAAGGGGAUUUGGAGUGGAGGUUCUGCGCUUCCACGUGUCCACCGGUUUGUGGACAAGAGCAACCAGAAACCUGCCACAAGAGGUGUGUCAUUGGCUGCGCGUGCCCCAAGGACAUGGUCAGGGUCACUGCGACUAGCACCCAGUGCGUGGCCAGCAUGGCGGACUGCCCGCAGGAGGUGGAGGAGGAGGAAGAGUGAAACGGUCAUCACUAUUGUCUCAAUAUCCUGUCCACAAGUGUGGUUAAAAUGGAAAUGAAAUAUAAUAAACAACGUUUAGAUU